AUGGAUGGAAUAAACGAUUGGAAAUGCCUUUCGGACGAGAUGAUCUACGACAUCCUUGCCAGAUACGAGGGUCUACGCUUGAUCGAGGACAGGUGGCUCGGAAGGCAGCUUCUGAGUCCUGACUUUCUCUCAGCCGACACCACUUCCAGUCCAGAUGAUUUCAUAGACGCUCAUCGAGUGAUUAUACACCUCGCUGAGGACUCCCGAGAUACAGGAAGCCUCUCGCGCAAUGAGCAGACAGCCCAAACCCACAUCUGCGUGGAACUCAAUGCCGAUCAGCGUGGCCGAUUCCAUGCGGCUAUCGUGUAUGUAUGGACUUUGAACGAGAUACGUUGGGUCUUGACAAGCUUUGAGUAUCCAGUCACGUUCCAUGUACAGGUAGAAGUACUGCAGCGCUGCAGAGCACAGCUUGAAAACUCGGUUCACAAUGCUAUGCUUGACGAUCUUGAUCGACUUGCAGUUUUUCGUUUUCUGUAUCACCAUUUAUUGUCAUUGUAUGGUGGUUUCUGGCAGAUCGAGAAUUCUUCUAAGCUUCCACUAACAUUAUUGACGAAUUUCAGCGAUGUUGCGUUGUACUCUGCAAGAUCAUUGCAAGCUUUCUUGGUUGCCAGUCAAACGUACAUGCAACCGCCAGAUAUCAUCGACCUGAUGAUUCGCUCGGAGACCUCUGAAAAUUGGAUGCGUCCAUCCGCCAACUUGGCUUUCCCUGCAGGUAUUCCGAUGGUGAGCCAACAUCAAUCCUUGAAUCGAAGAGUCCAGGCUCAUCUGUCACUCAUCUUACGUUCAUCCUACCUCCAGUCACGAUACAGUCGGAGAGUACAAGUUCUCGGCACAAGUGCACCAUCACAAUUGUACCGGUACGAUGUCCAAGACUAUUCGCAACUUUAUUUCUUUGAGAAGGUAGUUCGGGAUUCUGAGUUGGGCAGAUCAUUUCUUCGCAAUAUUUUCCAGAAAUUCUGGAACGAAACUCCUUGGAGUACGUGGUGGUGGGUCAAUAGUGAAGAGAAGGCUCGAGCGAAAAUGGAAAGAUGGAAGGAGGCGACGAAUCAGAGUUGA